UCCAGCUUUUCAAAAAGAACAAUCUUGUAGAAGAUUGUCAUAAAGCUACAAUGGAUAUCAAAGCGGAGGAAUUAAAUGAUUCUCAGUUAUUCGAUGAUGUGUGGGAAAAUGAUUCAACAGAAAUUGAAGCGUCGGAAGAAAAACCGUCUGUACGAGAAAGUAUUGAAGAAACUCUACAAACCUUAGACCUGUUUAUGAAUAACAAAUUUAAAGAAGCACUUGAUCUGAUGGAACCGUGGGCACACUGCAGUUCAUAUCAUGCUCUUGGAAAAGGAACAGUGUGUUUUAUACAGUCUAUAUUAUCAUUUGAUCCGGAUGAUAUCAGUAGAACGAUGGAAGUUUUAAAGGAAAGCGUUACGACUUGCAACAGGCUAAGAAAAAAAGGAACUUUGCUUUAUAUAACUCGAUUAUUAAGAGGAGUUGAUUAUAAUUUGUAUACAACUGAGGAAGUUCAUGCUGAGUUAUGCUAUGCGGAGUGCCUUCUGUUGUCAGCAUUACUUACCUUCGUUGCUGAUAAUUCUUUCGUGAAUUUUAUUAAAGGUGGCUUAAGGAUUAGAGCUUGUUACAGAGCUUACAAAGAAGCUGCUUUAAUCUUAGAAAACAGAAAAUGGGAAGACGAAAACGACAGGCGACACUAUGAAAGUGGAGUUCGCAUGGGAUUAGGAAUAUUUUAUUUGGUGGUUUCUCAUCUUCCAACGAGAAUCAUUAGAGUUUUAGAAAUGAUUGGUUUUUGUGGAGAUAAAGAAACAGGCUUGCAAAAUAUGUAUGACUCUGUGGCCCUAGAAGGUUCUUUAAGGUCACCUCUCACAGCACUGUUUCUUUUAUGUUACAACACAAUUAUAACAUAUUUAUUUGGUUUGGCUGAUGGAGAUUUAAUAUCUUCUGAAUACAUUGUGAAAAAUAUGUUGAAGAGAUAUCCAAGGGGAGCUUUAUAUCUAUUUCUUCAUGGUAGAUUAUUAGAAGUUAAAGGAGAAUUAGAUCAGGCUAUUAACUUGCUUUUGGAUUCAUUGACUGUACAAGAUACUUGGAGACAAAUGAGAAAUCUCGGCUCUUGGGAGCUGAUGUGGUGUUACAGUUUUAAGUUCGAAUGGAAAAAUGCACAAAAACAUUUAGAUUUCUUGAGAAAAGAGAGUAGAUGGUCACCUGCAAUUUACACUUAUGCUUAUGCCCUUACACUGUACAUGCAGCACAUAGAAGAAGGAAGGACCGAUGAUGAACGGCUAUUAGAAAUUCAUGAUUUAAUGAGGAAAGUACCUGGUCUGAAAUUGAAAUUAGCAGGAAAAUCUUUUCCACUUGAAAAAUUUGUUGUAGCUAAAGCUAAAAAAUUUGUUUCUCAGAAUGAUAGGCUACUAUUCCCCUUUUUCGAAAUGAUGUACGUUUUUAACGUGUUUCCAAUGUUUCGAAACCGUCCAGAAAUUAUGCGAAAAAUAUUGUGCAUUUUGGAGAAAGACUCCCCACAACUUAACGCUGGUCAAGACCUAAUAAGUGAAGUGGUGGAAGAUUAUUGCUUAUCCUUACUUCUGAAAGCAGUAUGUUGCAAAAUACUGGGCGAUACAGAAUCAGCAUGUACUUAUUUAAAUGAGUUACUCAAAUAUGAAAACCAUCUCACUGAUGACAUCUACUUGGCAACAUAUGCUAUGGCUGAAAUGGGCUAUAUGGCUAUGGACAGAGGACAAUACGAAGAAGCCGUACAGUGGUUAGAUAAAUCAUGCCACGCGCACACAGACUAUCAUCUGGAAUCAUUCCUCCACUACCGAAUCCACGCUGCCAUUCGCCAUAUACAAACUCUGAGCUCACUUUUGGAACGGACCCACCUGACAGAAGACAUCCAAAAGAAUAAAGAGAGUGGAUUGUACACUUGUUCCAUGAGCCCCUCCAAGCAGAAUGGUUCCAUAAAUAUUUAUGACUCGCCUGUGCCACCUUCCGUGACUUCGUAGUCGCGCACGUUUGCUCCAGUGUCAUGACAUAAACAUUCCGAAAUGUACAUUCCUUGCAGAGAUUGUGUUUUUGACAAGUUGAGAACUGUGACGAAGUUUUUCCUUCAGUGCUGUGCUUGGCGACAUAUCUGUAUUACCCCUCCUAUGCGUACAUAAUAUAAAAUAUUUUAUUCGCCAAAGAAGAAUACUCAAUCCUUCAGAAAAAAAUAUUUUGUAUUCUUUGGACUGGAGUAUUCUGAAAUUUUUUUUAUUACUGAUAUACCGAAAUACAUUUAGCAAAAAUUCAAAAUUUAGCUAUUUUUUUUUAGAGGAAUAUGAAUAAUUUAACUGCAGCUUUAUUUCAGAAAGUUUCAUUUUAAACAUAUACUACUGCGUUUUUGUAUGCAUGUUAUAGAUUUAAAAAGAGUAAUUUCCAAUAAAACAACUCUGAAUGAAAUUUUCAGUCCGAACACAAAUUAGAAACGGCGAUCAUAAUAUAAGCAACGGUAUUGAUGAGAUAUACCUCUUAGAAGAUCAUUUUUAGCUAUCUAUUUCAAAACUCUGCUUAGAAAACCAGAUAAUUUAUAAUCAUCAAGUUCAAAAUAUAUCUGUAAAGUUCACCACCAGAUGGCGCGGGUAACCGUGAAAAGCAAAAUAGCAACGUUUUCAAAAUAUUCACAAUUUGCAGCAACCACAUGGUGCAGUAUUAGGACGAAAUUAACAGACGCCCGUACGAAUAUUUCAAUUUAAAAGAUUCAACAAACUGUAGAAAACAUUGUUAUAAUGUAUUUUCAAUUAGCAAGGCCAUCUUUUGAUGAACUUAUAAACUAACUUUGAAACUCGAUAAAAAUAAGUCCGUAAUUUCUUCUUUCCAAUGACAGGUAAAAUAAAAUUUGUCUGUUGAUUAAAUUUAUUUUCGUUAUAAAUGAAUAUUGAAGUACGUCAGACGUAUGCAAAAGUUCAUCAAAAGUAUAAAAAAUUUGAAGCAGAACAUCUUCUGACCAAUUUGCAGCUAGAUGAUAAAUUAUAAGUAACGCAUGCCCACCUACCCCAGAAGGCUUUCAAACACAUAAUAUCUUUCAGGAAUCGUAUGUGUGACAGACGCUACUCUUCACUGAUGAAGAAUUGAUCUUCAAUGAAGAAUUAAUUUUGGGGAAACAAUUGGUUAAAGAUAUCUGCAAAUAUGUUAUAUAACUAGACACUUUUUUUAUUUAACCUAAAUGCAAAACUAUCAAUCUUUUCUUCCAAUAAGAUUUUUGCAUUAAGUUUAUAAGCAGUUCUUAGUAAACCCAAUAUAAUAAAAAUAUUAUUAAUUAUUUCAUUGUAAUUCAAAAAAUUUGACUGUUCGCCAACAAAAACAAAACCUUUAUUUAACCCUUUUCCGUAAGAAAACAGAAACUUACAAAUUUUUAGGAAACCUCAAAUUUUAAAAUACUUAAUAGAAAAAUGUUUAAAAUGUGUUCAUCAAAACUUUGUGAUUCGUCCAAAAUAUAACAGUAAUUUUCACCUUUUUCAUCUUAUUUAUAAUAUCUGCAAUGUUUUCAUUGCUUACAUUUAAACUCCCUUAAAGCUUUGUUUACGUAUUAAAACGUUAAAACAUUGCAAUGUGUGUCUUGUAUGCAAAUUUAAAUUUUUUUUAAUAAGUUUCUUAAUUACAGGAACUAUUUGAAAUACGUGUUAAUAUAUUAAUACCAUAACACUAUUUUUAAAACUGAAUUAACACCUUAAAAAACUACCGAGAAUUAAUCAUGAAAAAAGAUAAGGUAUUAUUUAAUAAAACGUGAUUCAUCUUCACCAACUUGUUUUAUUUUAUAUCUUUUUAAUCUUAUUUCAAAAAGCAUUAAAGUGUCAAAAAAGUUUUCGAUUCUGAGCAUAAAAUAGUUUUUUUAUACGAAUUAAAAAAAUGUGAUGGUAGUAUCUUUAAAUAUGCAUGUCGUUUAUACGUUGUUGUUGUGUGUACAUUGUAAAAUAUAUACCAUUUUGUAUGUUUAUAGAUUGCAAAAUAUAAUAUAGUUAUAAUCUCAUAGUCAACUGGAUUAAAUGUAUUGUUUUUACUAAAUAAAUUUAUAUUUACAGAAAAAAAAAGUA